UUCUGGAAGCUGGAGCCCCGUCUGAACGUCGGAAGGCACCUGCAGGUUCUGCAUCCUCAGUGUCUGGGGCUGGAUCUGAUGACAGGAACAUGACAGAGAUCACGGCACAGCAUAUCCAAGAGGAAAGCCCCGUGUUCGAAGAAAUGUUCAUGGCUUCCACCGGACGAUCCCACGCAAGCAUGUCCCUCCAGAGUGUGGUCGAUGAAUCAGGGCAUGUAUGGAAGAGAGAAAGUGAUGAAGAAGCCCAUCAGGCGUUGGAAGAAAGCAUUAUAUUUCCAGCUAUGGUCGAGAACCUUGGGAAUCAAGAUGGGAUAAAGAUGCAGGCAGGAAACGAGGCAGAUCAGGAUUGGGGCGAAACUAUUGGUUGUCUGAACAGCGGCUUCUUUGAAAUCCCAGCCCAUCCAGGAAAACAUAAAGGAGGAAGAAGGAACGAGUCCCCGGCGUAUUCGGAAAGCUUUAACGAUGCAGCAGGCCUUCAAAUGCGCUGGAAAACCCAGACAGGAGACAAACCAUAUAAAUGCCUUGACUGCGGAAAGAGCUUCAAGCGCAACUCAGAGCUUAUUCGACAUAAAAGGAUCCACACGGGAGAGAAACCUUUCAAAUGCCUGGAGUGCGGGAAAAGCUUCACUCAGAGCAGAAACCUUACUUCACAUCAGAGGAGCCACACAGGAGAGAAGCCUUAUAAAUGCCUGGAGUGUGGAAAGUGUUUCAGCCAGGCUGGGAUUCUUACUUCACAUCAGAGAAGCCACACCGGGGAGAAACCAUAUCAGUGCCUGGAGUGUGGAAAGUGCUUCAGUCAGAGUGGGAUCCUUACUGCACACCAGGGAAUGCACACAGGGCAGAAGCCAUUCAAGUGUUUGGAGUGUGGGAAAAGCUUUCGCCAGCAGAUCCACCUCACCUCCCACGAAAGGACACACACCGGGGAGAAGCCCUUUGAAUGUCAGCAGUGUGGAAAAUGUUUCCGCCAGCAGAUCCACCUUACUUCCCACGAAAGGACGCACACCGGAGAGAAACCGUUCAAAUGCCGGGAGUGCGGGAAGAGCUUCAGCCAGAGCUCCCACCUUAUCAGACACGAAAGAAUCCACACCGGGGAGAAGCCAUUUAACUGCCUGCUGUGCGGAAAGAGCUUUGGCCACAGUGCGGAACUCAUUCGACACGAAAGGACCCACACAGGGGAAAAGCCCUUCAGGUGCCAGGUUUGCGGGAAGAGCUUCAGCCGGAGCUCCGAACUUAUCCGACACGAGAGAACCCACACGGGAGAGAAACCGUUCAAAUGCCUGGAGUGCGGGAAGGAAUUCAGCGACAGCACCAACCUCAUCAGGCACCAAGUCAGCCACACGGGAGAGAGACCGUACAAGUGUCCGGUGUGUGGGAAGAGCUUCAGCCAGAGCAGGAGCCUGACUUCACAUCAGAGAACCCACACAGGGGAGAAGCCGUAUCAGUGCCUCGAGUGCGGGAAGUGCUUCAGCCAGAGCGGGAUCCUUACCGCGCACCAAGGGAUGCACACAGGGCAGAAGCCGUUCAAGUGUCCCGAGUGCGGGAAGAGGUUUCGCCAGCUCAUCCACCUCACCUCCCACAAGCGGAUCCACACAGGAGAGAAGCCCUUCAAAUGCCUGGAGUGCGGCCGGAGCUUUCGUCAGCACAUCCACCUCACCUGCCACGAGAGGACGCACACCGGGGAGAAGCCCUUCAAGUGCAUGGAAUGCGGCAAGAGCUUCAGCCACAACUCCAUCCUUAUUUCUCACGUGAGAACCCACACAGGAGACAAACCCUUUAAAUGCCUGGAGUGCGGGAAGAGCUUCACUUGGAGCACUCUCCUUAUUAGACACGAGAGAACCCACACGGCAGAGAAGCCCUUCAAAUGCCAGCAGUGCGGGAAAAGCUUUCGCGAGAGCUCACUGCUCAACAAACAUCAGAGAAGCCACACUGGGGAGAAGCCGUUCAAAUGCUUGGAGUGCGGGAAGAACUUCACUUCGAGCACGCUCCUUAUAAGACACCAGCGGGUUCACACAGAGAACCAUUUCAGUGCUUGGAGUUUUGAAAGAGCUCCGGCCAGCGCUCAGAACUUACUAGACAUCAAAGAAUUCAAGGAGGAGAUGAUCCACUGCAACGAUGAAAACAGUGGAGCGGUUGUCAUGCAAUAAGCUUUGUCGGGCUCCUGGAAUUAUUCACAUUGUGGGAAAUUUAUAUGUGCUGCAGCUUCUGCAACAGAUCAGUUCACAGCUAAUCAGAGGGAGAAAUCAUGAAAACCAGAAGAAAGAGCUUCUGGAAUUGCAGAGUCCUCCUCAGUUGCAUGGAUUAUAAUGAGUUGCCUGCACAGUCAUAAAAUCUGGCAAUUUUUCCAGGCACUACAAACUUCCUGAUUCCUUGAAGGCGUACAGCAGAGGGAAGAAGGUCUCAUAAUCUUACGUUGUUUUUUAAGCGUGUAUAUUUCCUAUUGUGCAAUCUAAGAAACAAUACUUUCAUGUUAGGCCACCACCAAGCAAACGUCUGUGAUGUAUGAACACUGCUAUGUUCCACUGCUGCCUGUCGUUGUAUGGAAGUCACUCAUAUAUCUCUGGUCCUUUGUCUUCCACAUAUCCCUUUUAAAAAAUACUAUUUUUGCUAGGUGGUUCUGUGUGUCGUUAGAGGAGCUGUUCACCCUUCAGGUAUAAGAGCGUGUGACAGAAGAGGAGACUUAUUCACCUCUUGCGGUGAAAACAGCAGGUGGAAUGCAUCACCUUUAAGACUUAAUAGUUUUCCUGUCGGCUGAACUUUUGUCAGGAAAAGCUGGCUUGUGGCUGACAUGUGAGGUGGACAUAGAAGGUGUUGCGUGUGCAGACUAAAUCCUAGUCAGCAUAUGUUUGGCUAGAUGUAUCUCUGUUUCCAUCAACGGAGAGAAAAAUACCCUUCAGGGAAUUUCUGUCAUGGGAGAACAAGAAUAAAAAACUGUCUUGGUUAAUUUGUGUUAUGGAAGACCCCAUAAAUGGAGAGUGAAAAUCCUGAGGAGAAUUUCUGUCAUGUAUAGGGUGAAAUGUCUGGGAGAAUCUGGAUGUAUGGCAACAGUGUCGUUUUUGGCGAUCUUCCUUAAAAAAAUAGCACAAAAACUCUUUCAGCAAAAUUUUGGGCAAAACUAAAAAAGCUCAACAUCAACAACUUUUGUUUCCGGAUUUUCACCUUUUGAAAUAUGGCAUCCCUAGUCACGUAACAAAAAGUAUAGAAACUCUUGGUGGCUCUGUCUUAUGGAGAGGAAAAAUCCUGAGAGGAAUUUCUGUCACCUGACAAAAAAAAAAAGAACAGAAGCCAUUUUAUUACUGUGCCCUGGAAGUCUCUAUCAAUGGAGGGGAAAAUCCUGAGGGGAAU